AUGGAGUAUGAUGAUAUGUGGUAUUCGGAUAGGGAUUUGAGGGGUUGCUAUUCAGUUAAGGAUGGUUACAGGAAGUUAGGGGAGUUGAAUGGACCAUGCUUGCCAGUAUGGGGAAAUCUUUGGAAACUACAGGUGCCCCCGAAAUGGAAGAACUUUCUGUGGAGAGCUCUAUCAGUAAAUUUGCCUACUCUUAAUAAUCUUAUUAAGAGAAGGGUGGAGCUUAUUAAUAUUUGCCCGGCAUGUGGAACGGAUGAGGAGAAUGUCAUGCAUAUUUUAUGUUCUUGUUAUUUUGCUACACAUGUAUGGAACAUUUCUCAACUGCCUAUUCCCUCUUUUGACGGCAUGAAUUUUGUGCAAUGGAUGGAGUUGUGGCUUGGUGUCUCGGCCGCCUAUAAUACAGAAGCACAUGGGAGGAUUUGUGGAUUGCUAUAUGAUAUUUGGUCUGCCAGGAAUGAGGCGGUAUGGGAAGGCUGUCUGCCGGUUCUGUAUGUGUUGUUGCAACGGUUCUCGGCUAGGUGGGCGACGUGGAUCGCAAGUGAGCAGCAGCGCAGCAUCAGCCGUGUACCGCAUGCACCCCCAACGCCGAAUCCACUUCUACCGCCACCGACUGGUGUGAUCUGCCGGGUUGAUGCAGGCUUUCAUGGACCGACUCGUGUUCCAGCUUAUGGUAUUAUUGUGCAGGAAGCAGAUGGAUCUUUUGUGGCAGCAGGGAAUGGACCGCUUAUUUGCUCGUAUGACCCCAUUUUGGCGGAAGCGUUAGCAAUGUGUGAGGCUCUAUCGUGGUUAAGGAAUAAUGGCUUCUCAAUGAUCACAGUUUACACGGAUAGCUCGAUUUUAGUCUCUAGUCUUAGCCAUGCAUGUUCUUUUCGUACUUAUCUUGGUUAUGUUUUGCUUUCUUGUAAACAUUUACUUUCCACUAUGUCUAGUUCGGUAGUAAAUCAUGUUUGUAGGGAUGCUGUACAGGCGGCCCACGUUAUGGCAAAGCAUGUAAGUGCCACGUUGGCACGUUCACAAUGGAGGGAUGUUCCUCAUCCUUUUCUUGAGCCUGAUGUGGCUAAUGCAAUCUGA